CCAGUCCGCUCCGCGGCGUCGACUUAUGCGCCGGUGUGUCGCAUACACCCUCGCCCGACCGUUAAGUGUCCGACCUCUGUAACCAACAGUUUAUGACAUUCGACAACCCCGCCCUGUGAAUUUUUCUUAGUUGCAUUUCGAUCAGUCCGAGGAGUGUGUCAGCCACAGACGAUUUGCGUCGGUGUCGGUGGCUCGCCCGCGUUUAUUUAUGUUGUCGUUUUGGUGUGGUGAAUAUUUGUGUUGUACGGACGAUAACCGUAUUAUCUGUGCGAUCGAGUCGAGUGGAUAUUUUUAACGAUCGACGUCUAUUUGCGAAGGCUGAGUGUGAGAAGUGUUCGAAGCGGAUGCGGCGCAAGCACCUGCGUGCGAUGCGCUGCUAGAGGCCGCGAUGGUUGGCGUGGGCGUCGCGGAGGGGGGCGGGGGUAGCGGCGGCCCCGCUGACAGCUACUACGGCGAGUACUACCCCGCGGAGUCAUACUACGUGCCGCAGGAGAUUUGCCCACAUCCGCAGCAACACCCGCAACAUCCACAUAUGUGUACAGUUCACACUGAAUACGCGGGAAUGCCAGUGGUGACGUCAGCGGCGAUGAUGCCGCAGUUGAUGCCGCAAGUAAUGGAUGAGAGCUUGCGGCACUACCUGGUUCCGCACCCGCACCCACAGGCGCAUCCCCACCACGGACCACACCACCAGCCACCACACCACCAACCACCGCACCAUCAACCACCGCCACAUCAUCAGCCCCCACAUCACUAUGGUCCAACAAAUGGUGCAGGAGGUCCUCAACAUUACUAUGGUGCAGGGUACUCACCUCACUACCAUCACGUGCCUCAACACCAUAUGCAGCAUUCUCCACCUCCAUCGGUCUUCCAAAAAGAUGAACGGACACAACGGCAAUAUUCCAAGCUUAAACAGAAAUUGGAACGUAAACAAACUAAUAGAAAUAAUGGUGUAGUGGAAUUGAAUUCUGGUGCGAGCACACCGUCGCUGUCACCGCGCAAAGAGUUAAAUGGCCGCGGUGGAGGCAGCGGCGGCGCCUCCUCGGGCGCGUGGUCCGAGGGCGAGGGCUCCUCGGCCGGCGCCUCCGUGCAGGACGACGACGAGAACGACACGCAGGCUGUGUUAGAUAUGCUGUCCACGAUACGCACCCCACAGGUGAGCGAAAUAACUUCUACGAGUGCCCUAGUGCAAUGGAAUUCACCCUAUCCAGAUGGAGUGUCAGUACCUAAUUUGGAAUUAACAUAUGACCUGCUGCUUGCGGAACGUGAUGUCAAACGAUACAAAGCAAUUUAUAGCGGACCAUCGCUCUCGUGUCGGGUGAGAGACCUGAAGCCGGGCUCCGAGUACUCGGUGUGCCUGCAGAUCCGCGCCGGCGAGCUGACGGGCGCGGCGAGCGAGGCGGCCACGUUCCGCGCGCCGGCCGCGCCGCCGGACCGCGCGCCGCCCGCCCGCGUCACGCAGCGCGCGCGCGCCUCGCUGCAGCUGCGCUGGGCCGCCGCCGCCGACAACGGCGCGCGCCUGCUGCACUACGUGCUGCAGAUGGACGCCGGCGACGGCUUCGCCGAGCUGGCCCGCCCGCGCACGCGCCAGCACACCGCCAACAACCUGCGCCCGCAGACGCAGUACCGCUUCCGCAUCGCCGCCGUCAACGAGUGCGGCCGCGGCGAGUGGAGCGACGAGACCGUCGCCUGGACGGCGGGCUCGCCGCCGCCCGCGCCCGCGCCGCCCGCGCUGCUGUCCGCCGCGCCCGACUCGCUCGCGCUCGCCUGGCAGCGGCGCGCCGACGAGGAGUUCACCCUGCAGAUGGACGACGCGGCGCGGGGCCAUGGCUUCCUUCCCGUCUACUCGGGCCCCGAGCGAUCCUACGCGUGCACCGGUCUGCGGCGCGCGACCGACUACCGGUUUCGCUUGCGAUGCGAGACCACCGACGGCCAGGGUCCGUGGUCGACGGAGGUCACGUACCGGACGCUCCCGGAGCGACCUUCCGCGCCCGGCAGGCCCUCUCCACGCGGCAAGAUUCACUCGCGCGCUUUCCGGCUCCGGUGGGACCCGCCGAUGGACGAUGGCGGCGCGACCGUUGCAUCCUACACUCUCGAAAUCGACGGCGGCGAAGGGUACCGGCCCGCGUACCAGGGCUCCGAGCGGGAGGCACAUUGCGAUCGUCUGCAGCCGGGCGUUCCGUACCGGGCGCGCGUGCGUUGCGCCAACGAGGCCGGCGACAGUGAGUGGUCGCCAACGGAGACGGUGACGACGGAGGCGACGUGCCCGGGCGCAUGCGGCGCGCCCGAGCCGGCGGCGGCGGCCCGCGCCACGCUGCUGUCGGUGCGGUGGCGCGCGCCCGACUGCACGGGCGGCGCGCCGGUGGCCGAGUACCGCGUGGAGGUGGCUGAAGCGGAGGCGAGCGGCGCCGCGCACCUGGCGUACGCGGGCGCCGCCUGCGAGUGCAUCGUGCGCGACUUGGCGCCCGGCCGCCGUUACCGCCUCUGGGUGACCGCGUGCAACCGCGUCGGCGCGGGCCCGCAGUCGCCGCCUCUCGAGUUUACGACGGCGGCCGCGCCGCCCGACGCACCAUCCGUGCCCACCGCUACAGUAGAGGGACCCGUUGCGCGGCUCGAGUGGAUCGCGCCGCGGGACAACGGAGCCUCGAUCCUCGAUUAUCGGCUCGAGAUGAGUGCGACCGACGUCGACGACGCCUUCUCGGAAGUAUACCGGGGCGCCGAUACCACCUGCCUCGUCUCGAAGCUGACACCGUUCUCGCCGUAUUUUUUCCGGGUGUGCGCGACAAACUCCGCCGGCCGCGGCGGCUGGUCGGGCGUUCGUGACGUGUUCACGCCGCGGGCGCCUCCCGCGGCGCCGACGGGUCUGCGACACGAAUCGACCGCCGACAGUCUAAGGCUAUACUGGCGGACGCCCGCCUGCCACGGGGCGGAAGUGCUCAAGUAUCGCGUCGAAGUCGAGGCGGAUACGUACGAAACCGAGGGACCGACUCCCGAGAGGAUCGUCGACGGCCUCGCGCCGAAUACCGUGUAUCGGGUUCGCGUCGCGGCCCUCAACGAACUCGGACUCGGGGACUGGUCCGAGGAGGCGAGGGCGGCAACUCGGCCGAUGCCGCCCGCGCCCCCGCAAAUCCGCUGCGCGCAAGCCGCGCACAACUACUUGAAGCUCGAGUGGAACGCGACCGGCGGCGACGGCGCGCAGUACUGCGUGGAGAUGCGCGCGCCGGAGGCUCGAGAAUUCCGAGCGGUGUACCGCGGGCCGGCGCGCUCGUGCAAGGUGAAGAAGCUGCGCGAGGCGACCAGCUACACGUUCAGGAUACAGGCGAGCGACGAGCGCGGCGGGCGUGGCGCGUGGGCGGAGCCGAGCACCGUGGCGACCGGCGCCGCGCCGCCGCCCGCGCCGCGCCCGCCCGCCGCCCACCUCCCCGCGCCGCGCGUCGCGCUCGUGGCCUGGGACGCGCUCGACCACGCGCACUACGUGCUGCAGUGUGCGCGCGCCAAGGACGCCGUCUACAAGCAGGUGUAUUCUGGCAGCGAGACUCAGUUCCAGCUGGAGGAGCUGGAAGCGGGCGCGGAGUACUUGCUGCGCGUGAUGGCGGUGCGCGGCGGGCUGGCGAGCGCGUGGUCGGGCGCGGCGCGGCUGGCGGUGCCGGCGGGCGCGGCGGCGGGCGGCGGCGUGGCGCCGGCCGGCGCGCGGCCGCGGCGCUCGCGUGGCGGCGCGGCCGGCGCACGCUCCCUGUCGCCGCGGCAGGUGGCGCUGCUGAUGGCGGGUGGCUUCCUGGUGCUGGCAGUGGUGGUGGCGGUGCUGGUGCAGCGGUUCAUGGAGCCGCGGCCGUGACGCGCGCUGGUGGCGGCGCGGCCGCGCGCCCUCGCCCGCCUGUGAGCCGCCUGCGAGUUCGACGCCCGAUUGGUGCUAGCCUGAGUCGAAGUCAAUGACAUUCGCGGCGCGCGUCGUAGCGCCGCUGUCGAUUCGGUGUAUAGAAAAUCAGCGUAGCGCAUGGAAACGACUCCCCUGUGUCCAUAUAAUUAGUAUAUUUCCGCGUGAGCCGGGAAUAGUGAAUGUGAUUUUACUGACGGAGUGUUGGCCGACUUAUCUGCCUAAGUGCAUUCUAAUGUAAUGUAUUCAUUCUUCGCAAUUCAUUGAGAUCCUUACUUUGAGUGUUUUCGUGUGUACUGUUUCAAAUUUUAUUUUUUCUUUCAUAAUUCUAUACCUUAGAUCUUGCAUAAAAUUAUGUCGUUUUCAUUUACCGACACCGUUACGAAAUCACUUGAAAUCUCAUAAAAAGAAAAUUAUUUAUAUGUACAUAUUGUGUAGAUAAAUAUAUAAUCAUAUCGAAUGUAUGUAAAUUGCUGCCACAGUAUAAUGGUUAGUAGAAUGAAAUCUUAUUUUGUGUACCUUUUUUGAUACAUUAGUUAAUAAAAGAAAUGAUGAAUGAUGCUCUUAUAGAUCUAAAUAUACCGUUGUGGUUGAAUAUUUUAUUAUUAAAUGUAUAGGAUUGGCGUGUUGGUUGUGGGCUCCUUGUUAUGGCCUACUAGCAAUUUCAUGCCACGAAUGGUAUUUCAAUUAACUACUGUGAAUGUUAUAUGUAAAAAAACUAUGCAUAAAUGUGAAGUUGCCAUUUCUAUAUAUGUACAUUUUACAGUGCAAGUCUUACAAAUUUAUCUCAAUGUGUAUAUAUAUCUUUUGACUUCACAAAUUUUCAUAAUCUAGUCUAUGCCUGUGGCUUGUUAUUUCGUUUGCUGUACUGGAUUGUUAAAAAUACUAUUAUUACUUUAUAUAUAUAUAUACAUAUAAAUACCAGAAACGGUAAACAUUUGUUUUAGUAAUAAUUGAAGUGUACUUCCAAUAUUUAAUUAGUCUGCAACUGUAUGUUUUCCAUACUGCAUAUUUUUAUAAAAUAAAUCAGUUUGUUACAUGUUUUUAUUCAGAUUAAGUGUAAGACGUUAGUAAACAAGGUGCUCUACAUUUAAAGUUUUGUUAUGAGGGGCGUGGUCCCUCGCUCUGCAACGAGUUUCCAGUGUGUGUGCUGUGAUCACUUCCUUAUGCGAAUGAGACUGAUUUUACAAAUAAAUGCUUUGAUUAUAGAAAUGUUCUGUAAUGCUUUGACGCCUACGAUGUCUGUGCUAUCUGCAUGUACUGCAGCAAGCGGCCACAGAGUAUUGUUUAGAGACGGCUCCUGCCAGUACACGUGUGCAGCACAGACCAACCGCGAUAUGAAUUUGAAAACAGAAACCGAUUUUAUUAACUCGGAUCGCUUAAUUAAUAUUAUUGAUGUAAAGUGUAUAUUACUCAUACUUUAUCACCGAUUAUUAUUUCAUUUUUUUUUUUAUCGAUAAGCAUGACUUUUAAUUGAUGACAUACCUAAUGUUAUGAUUAGAAUAAUUUGUUUAUAAAUUUAGAAGUUAACGAUUUAUUGAGAUUGUUACCACCCGAAAUAAAUAUGGAGUUGUCACGGGAAAUAUCGCCAAAAUUUAAUAUUUCAGAAUAUAUUUUAAAAUAAAUAUUGGCGUUAUAUUACGUUAAUUACAUUAUUAGAUAAAUUAAUAACCGAUUUCCAUAUAGUAGAAUAAUAUUAUAUUAAAUGAAUUUCGUUUUAGAUUAGCAAAAUAUCAUAUGUUUUAUUCAUGAAGUUAGUAGUAAAUUGUCAUGCCGUUGUAUGAGAUUCCCAUUUUAAACAUUGAUGUUUUAGUAUCAUGGUAUCUUAUUAAUAACUCAUUAGUUAUGUGGUCUAAAAGUAUUGUGGAAAUAUAACACUGAAUAUUGUUAUUGGCAGGUGAAACUGGCCACAUUCAAUGUUCCAGUAUUCAAUUUGAACUCUCUGUACUAGAUGCUAAUGUUGUUAUAUGUUAUUAUAGACGGGACUACAUUGACGCAUCCAAUAGUUGUCUAUAUUACGUAAAUAUAUAAUAUUUACUUAUCCUGUGAUCAUCUAUUCUAUUGUUUCAAUAUAUUUAUUAAUGUUAUCGGAGACAUUCCUAGGGUAUAUGUUACUUUCUCAAUUUCUAUAUUUUUCUUUUAUCGUUAUUUCUGCUUGGGACAACUGUUUAUAUGUGUCAUUCGCUACCUGUAAGACAUUAUUGAAACUGUAAGCACAGCUUACUGUUGUAAUAAUAUUUAAUUUUCUAAAUUUUAUAAUAACAAUGUGCAAUUAACAAUUUAUUUAUUCUUUAUGGCUUAAUAUAUAAUAUUUAUUUUUUAGAAGUAUAUAGUGUUUCUAUAAUUGUGUGUAUCCAAUAAGGGGAAUUAAUUGUUCCUAUAUGAGAUUUUAGACACUAUACAAUACACCGAUUGCUGACGAAAUUGUGUACUACAGACAAGCAUUCCAACUAUAUUCCACUUGUAAAUAGGCCUAACGAAUUUUACGACUUUUAAAGAAUGUACAUCUUGCUUUAAAUAUUGAAAAUGUAAAUAAAUCAUUCUUGAGCUUUGUGUAAGGAGCAUGUACUGAACAUGUAUGACAAUGGAAAUUACUAUGCUAUGUUGAGACUAAACGUUUUUAAAUUAAUGAAAUAUAUGAUUAACGGGGAUAACAUCUCAUAUUGUAUUUGUGUUUGAAUUAAGUACGUAUAACGAAAUGUAUAUGUUUAUAAUAUAAUAUUUGAUGAUGUUAUGUAUACAAUUUAUUAAACAUGGAUAUAUCAAUAAAACUAUAUUUUGUGUA